AAAUGGUUGAGAUAUUCAGAAACGAAUACUGAUACUACACGUAAUUCUCUGGAGAGGGCGAAAUAGAGCAGGUGAAAAUUACCGCAGCGUUAUUUCCACUUUCCACUUUCUGCUUGAGGUCAAGAACUGGAGGAGUAACAUGAAAUGGAAAUCGGUCUUUUCCACAUCACGUCAGCUGAUGGGAAGUCCCGACGUUGUCGCGGACUCGGAAUAUAAUGGACCGAGGAUGUGAAGCUUUCUUUGCUACUGUUCGAUGAGAUGCAAGCCCCUGAACGUAUCAUGAGCUGCGAACGUCCAGACUCCGAGGAGUUCUGUUACUUUUUGGCGAAGGAUUAUUUUCGCUUUGUGUUAGAUGGUUCCGAGUCGCAGCCGGCAGCCAACAACGUAGUGGAAACCCUGCGCAGGUCUGGCUCCUCCUUGGAUCGAUCCGGCCGGGAGUUAGAGCAUUGCAUUAACAAACUCAACCUAAGUUCUAUUGAAGAGGUGGAACGAGUGCUCCCCAGCCUAAUGAGGGAAAUUUACUCGGAUGGGAUUGAUAACUGGGGCAGAAUUGUAACUCUCUACGCUUUCUGUGGAGUCCUAGUUAGUAACCUGAAAAAGAAAGGUGUCCCGGAGCGAGAGCUGAUUGAGGGCGUAGCUCAGUGUUUGGCUCAGUACACCUGGACUCACAAAGCUGCCUGGAUCAAAGAAAACGGUGGAUGGGAGAAAGGCUUCGUGGAACACUUCCAGGAGAAAAAGAAUUCGCACUUUUACACCAAGAUAGCUGCUUUCACAGGGAUUGUUGCUGCCUUUUCCUUUGUGAUCUACCAGCACUGAAAAUGUGGGAGUGGUUUCUACACAUCAGAAGCCUAGGCAGCAGGUGAACAUUGUGUCUUGAAUUGAGAAUCAGGCACAGGACUUGGACUAAUUAACUUUUGUGAAGUUUGUUGAAUCCGGGCAAAGAUGAAAAGCUUA